CCCUGACCUCCCCAACUUCCCUCUCUACUCCACCACCACCACCAAUUCACCACUAUAAAUUAAAUCCCCUUCCUUUCGUCUAUCAGAAUUCAGAACAAACAUCACCAAAUUAUAUUUUUAUUUAUUUUUUCAUUUUCAUUUAUCUAGAGAGAGAGAGAGAGAGAGAGAGAGAGUCACAGCGAGCAAAGAUAUGAAGAAAACGGGACUGGUAGCAGCCUCUGUCGCCGCAGCUUCCGCAUCUGCCAUCUCUUCUUCUUCUUCCAAAAUUCAGUUUCCUCGACAGGAUGAUUGUAGCCGGAAAACAAACGAGAAUUCAGCGUCGCAGGGAUUGUCGUCGGAUAAAUUUGCGCCGAGGUUUGAUGGAUUGAGGUUCAUAGAGACACUGGUCACUGCUCAUAGAUAAUAUUAUUAUUAUUAUUAUUAUUUUCAUUAAAACCAUCCUGAUUAUUAGGAGGCUAAUUGAUUGUGUAGAAAAAAAGAAAUGUAAUGAUGUGUAAAAAUAAAUAGAACGGUAUUUGUAUUGUUGUGUUU